AUGAAUUUACGUAAGUGGAACAGCAAUGACGUUUCGCUCAGAAAAUUGAUGAAACGCGAGGAAAACGUUAAUGCCAAGAAAGUACUUGGAAUUUUAUGGUACCAUAACGAUGACGAGUUAGCAGUAGAUAUAACUUCAGUUUUAUAUGAAAUCGAUAAUAAAUCUAUAACGAAACGUGGGGUGCUACAAAUAGUAUCGAAAAUUUAUGAUCCACUUGGCUUUAUGAGUCCCUUUUUGGUAAGAGCAAAUAAGAUAUUGCUCCAAGAAAUUUGGAAACUUAAGGUCGACUGGGAUUCAACCACACCUGAUAAUAUCACCAAUGAAUGGUUGAGAUGGUGUUUUGAACUGAAAUCUUUGAAACAUUUUUCGUUUACCAGAUGUGCACUCGAAGACAGAAACUCCGAAGUUUCACUUCACAUUUUUGCGGACGCGAGCCCAAAGGCGUAUGGAGCAGUGGCGUAUCUCAGAGUAGUUAACGAAAACGAAGUCGAAUGUAACUUUAUCAUGUCUAAGGGUAGAGUAGCUCCAAUUGACAAAAAGGGAGAUAAGAGCUUAACGUUACCAAAACUGGAACUCACCGCGGCAGUCUGUGCAACUCGACUUCAGAAAUUUAUACUUGAAAAUAUUGACGUUAAAUUUCAUUCCUGCACUUUGUGGACAGAUUCGAAAAUAACGAUAUAUUGGAUCAUGGGCAAAGCUGACAGGUGGAAACCGUAUGUUCGCAGUCGUGUAACUGAAAUUAAGAAGAACUCAGUUGGAGUAUGGCGCCAUUGUCCAGGGGCAGAGAAUCCAGCAGAUUUACUAACGAGGGGUGUAACAUCUAAAGGUCUUAUGACAUCGGAAGUUUGGAAACAUGGACCUAAUUGGCUGAAAUUUAAACCAGAAGAAUGGCCUGAAGAAGAUAUCGCGAUAGGAUCUGAAGCAUCUGUUUUGCUCGUACAAGGAGAAGAAGUAAUCCAGAAUAACGAACCAAUCUUCAAACUUGAGAGAUUCAGUAGUUUGGAGAAAAUCUUUAGCAUUACCGCUUAUGUUAAAAGAUAUUCCCAUAAUCUAAGAAAUAAAAAGAACAAAAGAACUGGAAGCUUGAAGGCUCAAGAGUUAAAGGAGGCUGAAAGAUAUUGGAUAAAGGUAACUCAAGGACAGCAUUUUUCAAGUGAAAUAGCUGACCUAAGAAGAGGUAAAAAAAUUGAACCCUCUUCUCGAGUUUUAACGCUAAGUCCCUUUCUUGAUGAAGACGAUAUAAUGAGAUUAGGAGGCCGUUUACAGGAAAGCUCCUUACCGUACCAAACGAAAUAUCCUGUGGUGUUACCUAAAACGUCAUUUCUAACGGAUAAACUUAUUUCGAACUCUCAUGUUUCCACAAUGCAUGGUGGAGUAAACGUGACGAUGGUACAUAUAAGAAAACGAUUUUGGAUUUUACAAUGCAGGCAAAGAGUAAAAUCUAUACUGAGCAAAUGCAUAAUUUGCAAGAGAUUACGAGCAAAACCUGGCAAUGAACCUUUUGCACCCUUACCAAGAAGUAGGGUGUCUUCAGCAGAACCAUUUAAGGUAACGGGCCUAGAUUUCGCUGGACCUCUAUACAUUAUCAACGAAUCGAGGCGGCAAAAGGCUUACAUCAUGCUGUUAACGUGUGCUGUGGUACGUGCCGUACAUCUUGAAAUAGUUCCUAAUCUAACAGCAGAGAGCUGUAUUAACGCAUUUAGACGGUUCAUUUCAAGAAGGGGAGUUCCGGAUAUCAUUUAUUCAGACAACGCGAAAACAUUUAAGAGAACAGCUUUAGAAUUGAAAGAAUUAUACAAAAUAAUUUGCACCGAUAAAUUUCAAAAUUUUGUCACAGGACGUCGCAUUGAAUGGAGAUUUAUUGUGGAGCGCGCCGCGUGGUGGGGCGGAUUUUGGGAACGGAUGGUCAAAACUGUAAAAGAUGCUCUAAAAUUGUCACUUGGAAAGAAAUCCCUUGAUUGUGACGAACUACAAACCAUCAUUUCAGAAAUUGAAGCUACGGUGAAUAUGAGACCGCUUACCUACUUGGAUGAUCAGCCUGAAAAUUUAAUGUUUUUGACACCAGCACAUUUCCUUUUGGGUAGUAACGAAUGUGGAUUUCAUAUCAACAACAACCAUCCGGAUAUUAGAAGAAACCAAAUUUUGCAAAAGGUUUGGUCAAAUAACUAUUUGCAACAAUCACGACUGUUCCAUAAUCAACAUCAAGUUCAGUCUAAGAAGAUAGAAGUUGGAGAUGUGGCUUUGCUACAUGACGAUAGCGUACCAAGACUACUUUGGAAGUUAGUCCGAAUAAUGAUGUUAUUUCAUGGACGUGAUGGAAGAGUUAGAGCCUGUGAAGUGAAAACUGCCGACCAGACCGUUUUGAGACGGCCAAUUCAACUAUUAUUUCCCUUGGAAAUCACUGGGGCCGGGGAGGAUGUGGAAAAUCCCGUGAAUAAUCAAGGGUAG